UAUAGCACUGGCGAGCUGCUUCUCACCGUGAGCUCUCUUUCUCUGCCUCUAACUGCCUCCAUAUCCUUGGUCCCAGCUGCCCAGUUCAUCCUUAUUAGCCACCCCAGGAAGGACCAUGACUCCAGUGAAGACCUUUCUAAGGAGCUUCUCAUAUCCAGAGAAGACUUGCUGUCUGAAGAGGAUGUAGUGAUACAUCCACCAGGAGAUCAAAAGAGUCAACAGCCUGAGCUCCUUCACCCAAUACCCCAGGAAGACAGUUUCAGAAAUACUGAACUUCAAUUAGAAGAGACCACAGAAAGGAAACUGGCCAAGCUUGACCAUGAAAUCAGGAAGAAUCUAGACAAAACGGUGAAAGAAACCAUGGACAAUCUGAAACACCUAUUCCCUCAUGCCUGUGAAGUCAUGAGGCCCUAA